CUGCAGCUGCCUGUUCGCGCGAGAGUUUGGAGGGGCGGGUCUGGGGUCGCUCUUCGGGUCUCGCGCCGCUGCGACUAGGAUCCCGGCUCUGGCGCCUACCUGCACCGCAAGGAGCCGAUUCGUGUGGUCCUGGGGUGCCCAGUGUCUGGGAAGUGCCGCGGCGCUCCGGACAGCCCCGCUCCCUCGCAGCCAGGUGCCAGGGUCGGGAGCUAACAGCAGAGUCCACUGUCUUCCAGCGCCUGGGCCACGGCAGCGGCCCUGGGAGCAGAGGUGGAGCAAGCCCAUUCCACUAAAGAUGAAAGGUUGGGGCUGGCUGGCCCUGCUUCUGGGGGCCUUGCUGGGAACUACCUGGGCUCGGAGGAGUCAGGAUCUCCACUGUGGAGCUUGCAGGGCUCUGGUGGAUGAAUUAGAAUGGGAAAUUGCCCAGGUGGAUCCUAAGAAGACCAUUCAGAUGGGAUCAUUCCGGAUCAAUCCAGAUGGCAGCCAGUCAGUAGUGGAGGUGCCUUAUGCUCGCUCAGAGGCCCACCUCACAGAGCUGCUAGAAGAGAUAUGUGACCGAAUGAAGGAGUAUGGGGAGCAGAUUGACCCUUCCACCCAUCGCAAGAACUAUGUACGAGUAAUAGGCCGGACUGGAGACUCCAAUAAGCUGGACCUACAGGGCAUUCGAAUUGAUUCUGAUAUCAGCGGCACCCUCAAGUUUGCGUGUGAGAGCAUUGUGGAGGAAUAUGAGGAUGAACUCAUUGAAUUUUUUUCCCGAGAGUCUGACAAUGUUAAAGACAAGCUUUGUAGUAAGCGAACAGAUCUAUGUGACCAUGCCCUGCACAUAUCGCAUGAUGAGCUAUGAACCACUGGAUCGGCGCAGACUGACAGACUUGAUGGAUCAGCCCCCAGGAGGGGGAGAGACUGGCAAUGCCUUUUAUAUGUUUUUACUGAAAUUAUCUGAAAAAAUAAGAAACCAAAAUUACAAA